AUCGGCGUAUUUCUCUUUAUUAAGAAUUUGAUCAAUUUCGUCGCGGAUAUUAAAAUAUUUGUUUGCGAAUGAUAUUUUGUUAAAUUGUUAUACUGGUACGAAUCCCUAAUAAUAUUUGAUAUUCCCAUAAUUGGAACAAUAAUUGGAAAAAUUAUCAAGACAUUUACCUUGUAAAAAUACUUCUACGCAAGCGAAAGUAAGCGAUAAAAGCAAAACAUAACAAUAACGUACAUAUAGGGGUGCCAACGGCAGUAGCUCAUCAAACUAAUGUGAAAAAUUAAAUCAUGGACAAUAUCAAGCAAUCGUCUUGUGACAAAACAUUGUCUAAUAAUAAAUUGAUAUCAGCUGAGAGCUGUUCAGACGACGAUGAAGGAAAGGAAAUAGCAAUGGAAACUGUGGAGGCACUUCUACAGGCAGCAGUCACAGAACAAGCCGAUGAUAAUUAUAGUGAAAGUGAUUCCCGUUCAACGCCAACAAAAGCAGAUAAAAGCAGCAGUGACAGCGGAGUUUGUAUCAACAUGGAAGAGCAAUCAACUACUAAUGCGGAUGUUAAUCCAGAUAUAGAAGAUAUGAAUUCUGUCGAUGUAAGCAGUUCCGACAAUCCGAAUAUGUCUCCCAACCAUUCAGGAAACAAUAUAGUACUUAGCUCUACCUUCAAUGACGAAUCCUUAACUAAAGUAAACAAUGACCCAUCUGAAGGACAAACUGUCAGCAAUGAUAUAGAGGUGGAAAAUCAUUGUGGUAAUGGAAAAGUAAAUGAAUUACCCGUUUGGCCGCGUCGUACCCGCCGUGGUGCACGGAACUACCGACAUAGUACCCAAGAAGACGGUCAAGACGUUGAAGAGGGAGCUGAAGACGAAGAAGUCGUCGUAAAUGCCACUGAAGAAGAGCAAAUGCCCUUGCUGUCGGAAACAACAAGUCAAUCUACAAAUGCGGAAGCGGUUAAUAACAUUGAUACAUCAAUGCCAAGUGAAGCAGAGAAUUCACCAGCAAUUUCCGACGGUGUAAACAUACGGCAUGUAAGCACCAGUCCGGUUUUCAGCGACGACUAUGAUGACAUUCAUGACGACGAUGAUGAUGACGACGAUGAUGAUGAUGAUGACGAUGAUGACGACGAUGAUGACGACGAGGACGACACUGAUGAUGAAGAUGCUGAAGCUGAAACCACUGAGCAUGCUAGCAAUUUAACUGAUAUUAUGAAUAAACCGAAACCAACAUAUACCUGGUGUUCGACGUAUGAGUUAAUGCGCCGCGAACACGGACUGAGUGGCGAUGGCCGCAGAUCCUUGAGUAAUGGUCUAUCUCCAGGUUUCAAUGCACGAUUUUAUGCAGCACGACACGUUGUCGAACGUAUGAAGAUCUCCCAUUGUCUAAUGAAGCACAGUGGCUGCGUAAAUUGUUUGAAUUUUAAUCGCACCGGCGACUUACUCUGUUCUGGUUCAGAUGACACACGCAUAAUAGUAUGGAAUUGGGCUCAAAAUAAGCCAAAAUGCGUUUUCAAAUCUGGACAUACUGAGAAUAUAUUUCAGACCAAAUUUAUAAAUAGUGCAGGUGUUUUAGAUAUCGUAUCAGCUGGUCGUGAUGGUCAAGUACGCCGUUCCAUUUUGCCAUCAUCCGGUGGUAAACCACAAACAUCAUUGUUAUAUCGUCAUAAUAGUUCCGUUCAUAAACUUGUGAUGAGUCCAAAUAAUCCCUUUGAAAUUAUAAGUGCUGGCGAAGAUGCUCACAUUCGUCGUAAAGAUCUGCGCAGCGACGAGAGCUCAACAAGCCUUUGUAAAGUGCAAAGCAGCAGGAAGAAACGAAAAAUACGUCUUUUUAGCAUUGCUCAUCACCCCUACGCACCGGAAAUAUGCGUGUGCGGCUGUGAUAACUUCGUACGUGUCUUCGAUAAGCGCAAUAUGGCCAAGCCAGUGCAUGAAAUGUGUCCUGAACAUUUAACUAAAGAUGCCAUGCCUCAAGUUACUUGCGCAGUAUACAAUAGUACAGGUAGCGAAGUGCUUGCAUCUUACAGCGAUGAUUUCAUCUACUUAUUUAAUAACAACAAGUACAAAACAGGCGAAUAUCUGCAUCGUUACCGUGGUCAUUACAAUCACAAAACUAUUAAAGGUGUCAACUUUUUUGGCCCUAAUUCCGAGUAUGUCAUCAGUGGUAGUGAUUGUGGUAACAUCUUUUUCUGGGAUAAAAAUACUGAAGCAAUUUUAAAUUUUAUGCCCGGCGAUACCAUGGGUGUGGUGAACUGUUUAGAGCCGCAUCCGUCAAUUCCAGUGCUGGCUACAUCUGGACUAGAUAGCAGCAUAAAAAUAUGGACACCAAGCAGCGAAAUGUAUCCUCCCGAUUUGUCUAAACUCGAGGCAUGUGUUAAACGGAAUCUCAGACAUUCUGUAUUGGGUGAAGGUCGUAAGUUUGAUGAUCGCGAGUUUCACAAUUUUAUACGUCAGUUUCUACGUACGCCUCCACGUCGUGGUACGUAUCUAUCAGGUGAUGACGAACAGAAUAGCAGCAGCAGCAGCAGUGACGGUGAUAGUGAUGGCUUUGAUUGUCCCCAAAUGGAAGGAAUACAAUGCCAAACCCAAUAAAUUUCAACUCUUAACACCAAUGUACUAUGUUUACGAAAAGUGGCGGAAUAGUCAAUACGUUCUUUAUGUUCAAUACUAUGAGUUUUUCUUUCUCCUAUUAAAUUGUUGCCAACCGUUUUACACCAUUUUUUGUAAUAUAUAUAUGUACGAUGAUCUAAUGCGUCAAAGAGUUUAUUGCUCGUAAAACCAAAUUGGAAUCAUCGUGCCAAAAAUUGUUUGUUGGUUAUCAAAAUAUACAUAUAUAUAUUUCGUGUAA